UUCUCAUAUUUCUAUUCAAGUCUUAUCAAUAGCGGUUCGAUUUUGCAGUUAGCAACUUUUUCACCAUUUGAACAGAACGCGUAUUUGCUGCCCGCCUUCUGCCAAGGUUCCUAGACCGUAUAACAACUGUUAGAGGCGUGCUACAGCGUUUUACAAACACAAUAUAUCGACCCCACUGAUAUUAUUAUUAGUCGUGAAUGUAGAUAGAAUUCGAUUUAAUUUAAUUACAUAUAGUGGAAUAAUACCCCUGAAAUUGAAUUUCUGAUAUUAAUUUAAAUCAGUCACAGAUGGAACGAUUGAUGGUUCUAAUGGUGUGCAAUAAUAAAAUGACACCAUUUAUCCAUUAUUGUCAAAAACUGAAAUUCAUCCAACAAAACGACAUGUUUUAAAUUUGAUCCUUUGUAUACUUUUUAGUUUUUAGUGUUGAAAAGGACAAUGAAAGACUUAAAUCCAGUCCCCGAGGAUAAAUUGGCAAGAAUCAGACUAAACACCAGGGUUGUGUCCCCUCGGAAGAGAAAACCGUUGAAGUCUUUGAAAUCCGAUCCUGGUGGAAUUCUGUUGAGGGACAAAGGACUGGAUGAUAGCUCAGAAGACACAUUGUCUUUAAGCCGGUCAGCAACAUUCCUGGAUUUUGAUAAACAGAUGAUGUCGACAGACCCCCAACGAAGUCAACACCAUGCCUUCCUCAGGCGAAUGUCGUCUGUCAACCUGACCAAAUCUUACACGAUGCCAGACCUCUUUGACAGUGUCAGACCCAAAGACAUAUACGAGGAUAAUUUGUUACGUCGAAAUGUCCGUGAAAAUUUGGUCAAAAAACGGCUUCACACGACACAGAAUGUGAAUGUGCAUCCGCUAUCCAACAGUCGUAACAAACUGGAUACGUUACAGGAAGUCUUUAUGCAAAAUCCAUCCUUCGCAGACCCUCAUCAUUCAAAGGUUACGGAGGAGGAAAAGAAACUGGUGGCCGAUUCACGGCGAAAAAGUAUGGAAGAGUCAGGUCUUUGGCAGUUGGCUUCCGCACAAUUGUUCAAAAUGAAGGCUCAGAAAACUAAUAGUAUAGAGGACCACGCCAUGGCUGUGUUCACCAGGAAGGUUGCCAUUAACAAGAUGAGACAGAGAAUAGAAAGAAAGCUAGAUUUACCCAAAGACCAUUUUUCGCGAGUUGCCACAUUGCGCAGCAAUGUACAACACAUAGAGCGGCGGUAUCGGAAUAUUGUCCAAGGAUCCUCCACUGAGGCUAGUGGAUCCACCCAUAUCUACGCUCUACAACGUUUUGACGUAGAGGACGAAUCAAACAGAGAUCCCAAGUUCAUGAAACCAGGAGAGGCGCUGCAGUUCUUUCGUCGAUAUGCCAGAAUUGUUCUCAUCAUACUUAAAUGGAUUGAACUCAUUAUGGAUUCUAGCGAGGGUAAUAAGCUGGAGAGAGAGCUGAAAUCCUUUGUUGACAUCGCCAACGAGGUUUCUUGUGAAAACGUGUCCAGGACCAUGGACGAGUACGGACUGUCAUUUGAUAAAAAUUACUUUGUGGCUAGAAAGGAGAUAUCAUUAACUCAGGAUCACAGGAAAACCUUAACUACCCGAUGGAAUUUCCGCACUCCUGAAAUGAUCAAACAGGUAAUGCACGGGCUCCAGGCUUUACGUUCCCUUUCCGAGUAUCCCCUUGUGACACAGGAAAAGCUCUGCCAGGUCGCCUGGUACCAAACUCUUGGUCCAAAGAAAGCAAUAGUUCGCCAAGGUCACGACGCAGAAUCGUUUUACUUUAUACUGGCUGGAACAGCUUUCGUCAAAAAGAUGAUGACAGACCCAAAGACGGGUGAAACAAGACUGAAUACCGUUGCUCGCCUUACAAGAGGGAUGAGUUUUGGGGAGAUAGGAUUAAUUUUUAACACGAAGAGAACAGCCACGGUGGAGAGCGCCACGUCUAUGGAACUGUUAGUCAUAGGAAAAGACGACUUUAACAGGAUCUUUAUGAAUGACAACGACGAAGAAGAAUCGGAACACGUCAAAUUUUUAAGGCAAGUUCCCAUUAUGCAGAACUGGCCGAUAGAUUGUCUGAGAGAGGAACCAGGCACGUGUAUCCUUCAUUACUUUAAGAGAGGUACAUUAGUGUCAGACGAUGGCAAGAAAAGUGAAUGGUUAUAUUUCAUUAAAUCGGGCUCCUGUGAAGUACUUAAAAAACUUAAGAGUGUUAAAGCAAGGAAAUCUAGUCAAAUAAAAAGAAAACCGGAUCCGAUCACAGAAAUCGUCUUGCCGGAACUAGGAGGUGGACCAGAGUCCAAGGUUGACAGUGGACAAAGAAGAAGAAAACACAAAAUUUACAUGAAUACGGAUGUAUUCCAGGACAUGGCAAAUUAUUAUGAAGCUUUAAGGAGGAAAUUAGCUAAAGAGGAUACUGACAAACUUUGUGAUGAGGAACUCCAUCUUCCUCCCCUCUCCUCUAACCCCCACAGCAACCUUGUUACUGUUCCGGAAGCGGAAAUAGAGGAGGAUAUAGAAUCUCUAAAUAACAACAAAAAGGAAUCUGAUCUACCAAAUGGAACUACAGAGGAUAAAAUAUUUUGCAUUCCCCCUGUGGGUUGUAGAAGUCCGUUUUCAGAUAUAUCUGAAAGUAGAUUUAUGGCAGGACCAAAUAUCCGAUAUCAAACACAUUUUAUUAUGCCAACGUCUGCAAUGUUGAAGAAAGAAGAACCUCCGAAAAAGAGGGAGGGAUUGGAGGAAGACGAUACUUCUAAAAAUCACAACGUGUUUGUAAAACUCGCUCUUCUUCAAAGUAAAGACGUCUUUGGUUUAGAUACACUGACAGGGUGGGGUAGUGAGGACCUGGAUGAUAUGCUUAACGCAUCUCCAGCAACUUGUAUGGUCAGCAAAGGAGCGGAGAUAGUGAUGCUUUCAAAGAAAGUGUUCCUCAAAUACAUUAAUGACAAUGUACGCAAUAACCUGCGAGAGUCAAUACGUGCUUACCCACGUGAACAAAAAUUGCAGGAGAAUUUUCAAAACAAACUUGACUGGGAAGACUACAAAAGCUCUCUGAUCAGUAAUGUACUACACAACCACGCAGAGACUUAUACACCUUCAGUUCAUGUCUAAUUCUGACUGCUGGGAAAGAAUAGAAGAUAGAUAUGUAACUGUGGCCAUUUUUUAUGAAUGUGUGAAGGAAAUGGAUUUUAAUCAUUUUUAAUGCACAACAGAACUAAAAUUGUAACAAAAUAAAAUCUAUAAAGGCUAAACAAAGGCUAAUUUAAGA